AUGCAUUGCACCGUCUACGUUGGGCUGCUCUGCGCCCUCGCUAGCCCAUCUCUGGGUGUAGUCUGCGAGAGUUUAGCCGGAGGGGCACCAAGUGCCUGGUCACUUAUUGAAGAGCCCUCGGCUGACUCGACCAUGGCACUUUCAAUUGCACUGAAUCGUCAGAACCUUGAUCAGCUGGAGGCGAAGCUGUCGGAGAUAUCGACUCCCGGCCAGGCCUCCUACGGACAGUGGCUAGACAAGGACGACAUCGACACACAUUUCCCUAUUGUGGAUGAUGCUCCCGUCCUGAGAUGGAUCAAGAAUGCAGGUAUCUCCAAUGUUGCCCGUGAAGGUGCUCUGCUCAACUUCACUGGUACCGUUGAGAAGGUCAACAAGCUCCUUGGCACAAGCUUUGCUUAUUACCAGAAUGGAGCCUCGGUGAAGCUGCGCACGACUGAGUACUCCAUCCCUAGUGACCUGGCCGACUACAUUGAGCUUAUCUCGCCAACUGUUUACUUUGGCAAGACGCGUCGAGCUGCUCCGGUGCCAUCGAGGUCCCGGAAGCUCAAGGCCCAUGGAGCCUCGUCUACCGAGGUCUCCGCGGCGUGCCAAACAUCUAUUACUCCGUCGUGCCUGAAGGAGAUGUACAAUAUUGGCGAUUACGUCCCUGAGCCUUCAGCCGGUAGCCGCAUUGGAUUUAGGAGCUUCUUAAACCAGUCUGCUUCGUACUCUGAUUUGGCACAAUAUGAAGAGCUGUUUGAUAUCCCUUCCCAAAGCUUCAGUGUGGAGCUUCUCAACGGUGGUGUGAACAACCAGAGUACCACCGUGGCUAAUCUGGGUGAGGCCAAUCUGGACGUGCAAUUGAUUUUCGCUGUUGCACACCCGCUGCCCGUGCACGAGUUUAUCACUGGUGGUGUCGCCCCUUUCAUCCCUGAUGCGGACGAGCCAACUGCAUCUGACGACGAAAACGAGCCGUACCUGAUCUAUUAUGAGUACUUGCUCUCAAAGGAGAACUCCGAGCUUCCCCAAGUGAUCUCCCACUCCUAUGGGGAUGAUGAACAGACCGUUCCCGAGAAAUAUGCUAAGCUUGUUUGCAACCUGAUAGGUUUGAACACCCUGCGUGGACUGACCAUCAUCCACUCUUCUGGAGACGAGGGCGUUGGCUCGGCCUGCCAGGCUAGCGACGGUGUUACUCCGCAAUUCAACCCCAUCUUCCCAGCAACUUGCCCCUAUGUGACGGCAGUUGGAGGUACCUCCGCUGUCACUCCGGAAGUUGCCUGGAAUGCAUCUUCUGGCGGUUUCUCCAACUACUUUUCUCGGGCCUGGUACCAGGAUUUCGCCAUUGAAGCUUACCUGAACAAAGUCAGCCCGGAGACUAAGGAGUACUAUAGCCAAUACGCCGACUUUGAAGGCCGUGGGUUCCCGGAUGUUUCUGCCCACAGCUUGUACCCCCGCCACGAGGUGAUCUACGUGGGCAAGAAAGCCGGCUCCGGUGGUACCUCCGCCGCAGCGCCUACUUUCGCUGGCAUUGUUGGCCUCCUAAACGACGCUCGUCUGCGUGCUGGCAAGCCGGUACUCGGUUUCCUGAAUCCUUUCUUGUAUUCAAAGGGGUACAAGGCACUGAACGAUAUCACCGGCGGCAGCUCUUACGGCUGCACUGGCAUUGACCCUCAGAGCGAUGAGGCAGUAAGCGGCAGCCUGGUGAUUCCCGGCGCCCACUGGAAUGCUACCGAGGGCUGGGAUCCAGUCACUGGCUUGGGCACCCCCAACUUCCAGAAGCUGAAGGAUUUGGUUCUGUCGCUAUGA